CUGCCUCCAAAUCAUUCACUCUCACCUCGUUGCCUUAAAUCUGAAACUGGGUUGAAGGUAUUUGCGUUAUGAUCCUCUUGCAUUUCUCUCGCUUGACAGUAUGGAAAGAUUCAUAUGAGAAAUUACCAUCUUUCUGGAGAAACGUAAUGGAGAUGUUUCCUCCUCUCUAUGCAUUAGUACGAAGACCGUUUACAACAAUGUCUAUCUGGUCAUGUGGUCUCCUAUUAGUCAUACUACUAAGUGGAGGAGGGGCUUCAUCAGCAUCCAAUUACUUGAUUGGCCUUGGAAGCUAUGACAUAACAGGGCCUGCUGCAGAUGUCAAUAUGAUGGGAUAUGCAAAUAUAGAACAAAUUGCAUCUGGAGUUCACUUCAGGUUGCGAGCUCGUGCCUUUAUUGUGGCAGAGUCCCAGUCUCAAGGAAACCGGGUAGUAUUUGUAAACCUUGAUGCCUGCAUGGCCUCACAAAUUGUUACGAUAAAAGUUUUUGAAAGAUUGAAGGCAAGGUAUGGUAACCUGUACAAUGAACAAAAUGUCGCUAUCAGUGGUAUUCACACUCAUGCUGGGCCAGGAGGCUAUCUCCAAUAUCUUGUGUAUAUUGUUACUUCCCUUGGAUUUGUACGCCAAUCAUUUGAUGUCAUUGUUGACGGCAUUGAGAAAAGCAUUAUACAAGCUCAUGAGAAUCUUCGUCCCGGCUCAAUUUCUGUGAAUGGCGGAGAGCUCUUAGAUGCAGGUGUAAACCGUAGCCCUAGUGCUUAUCUCAACAAUCCUGCUGCAGAACGGAGUAAAUAUAAGUAUGAUGUGGAUAAAGAAAUGACCCUCAUAAAGUUUGUAGACGAUGAUUGGGGCCCAGUGGGUAGCUUUAACUGGUUUGCAACUCAUGGAACAUCUAUGAGUCGUACAAACUCAUUGAUUAGUGGUGACAACAAAGGUGCUGCUGCACGAUUUAUGGAGGAUUGGUUUGCAAAAAAAUUCUUUAAUGAGGGUUUUGAACGCAUUUAUUCAAACUUAUCUGGAACCGUUAGCAUACCUCGAAGGGUCUCAAGCAUAGUCUCUAACCUUCAUGAAAAACGUAAGUUACUGCUGCUUGUUCAACUACCUAACAUGACUACAGAAUUUAGGCCAGGAAAAUGGAUUGUGUAG